CUUUGAGAAACACACCAUUAGCGUCACUCAGACCUCCCGUCAGUGGUCCUCCUCCUCCACCGUCUUUUCGCCCAGGUCGCCACUUCCUGCGACGGGCUGUGGUUUCCGCCGACAGGAAAACAGAACAAAAAGCUACUUAGUAGUACGAGCUCGUUUACCGCUUGCUGGCAAGGUCUACUUCACAACCACCACACGCGACAGCUCGAUUCAUCCGCACCUAAAAUAUCUGUCCAUCGAAGUUCAAUGAGCAAAGGUUCGACUGCAUCUGCAAAGCCUCCGACGCCGCUCUCAUCGCAGUCAGCUUGGGCAAGGGGCCCGCCGCAGAAUGCCAAUUCUUCAGCUCCCUCAACGCGUUCUCAGCCUCCCGCUCCCUCCCAUGUACAGUCUAUAACGGCUUCUCAUUCCCGUCGUCCAAGUGCGUUAGGCCAGGGCAUACCCGUAAAAGAAGGUGUCAGCGUCCCGCGGAAUAACGUGGGCUCCGUCAGAGAGGGAUCUUCCUUAAAUUUUGGCUCAAUAGAUGAUGCCUCUGCUCCUGUUUCGUCUUCACCUACCGCUACCCCAGUGGUUAGACAUGAAAGCGUCAAGACAUUUGGCUCUCUGCCUGUAACGACAGCUACGACAUCAAAUAUCAUAAACGGAAGAACUCCCGCUUCUGGUCCGCCCGCUGGCUCGUCGAAGCCAUCAUCACGGGUCUCGGCGAUAGCUCCGUCGAUAUCAUCUUCGACAUCAGCAACGGCCAGCCCGUCAUCGACAAUGUCCGCAACGACUCCGGCAUCUGCUCCUAACUCUACCCCGUCGACAUCGUUAGCGGCCACGCCGUCUUCGUCCAUGCCAUCCACCAGUACAAAGUCCAGCUUUAAUGUUGCCAAACUUUUCCAGGUUAAUCUCCCAGCCUCCCAGCCUUCCUCAGACGCCACCUCUACUUCAACACGACCGUAUAAUCUAUCUCAUCAGUCGUCAUCCGCCACACAACAUGCACCACAACAGCCGGUACAGGCUCCCCCGAUGAGCACGCAUCCCUAUCCGUCAUAUGGACAACGAAUGCGACCUCCCCGCGGCGCGAGUGGGCCUGGUUCACCGGCGUUUUCUCGUGCUGUACCCAAUGGAUGUGGCCCGCAGUCACGGCCGACGCCAGGCCCCGGUGGUCCCGAUGGCCCUUCACUCCCUGCUAGUCCGAAACUCGCUCCUCCUACUCAUUCGCAUCCCCCUUCAUCUGAAGGCGUCCUUCCUCAACAGCUCCCCAUGCAACCCGUGCAUUGGUCUCCGUACUACUACCUGGAAUACCAAUCGCCGCAAUGGUUUUAUCCCAUGAAACCUCCUCAUGGCAUGGUCCACGCACCCCAUGCACCUGGACCCACUCCUCAAGGCCCUCCUCACCCCGGCAUUCCCUUAUCGCCCCGAGCCCGAUCUCCGUCACUUCCUCCCGGCACUCCGAGUAUGGCUCAUGCUGUUCCACUCUCUCCGCACACCCCUCAACCUCCACCGCCAGACUCACAUGAACCUUCAGCUAGCAUGAGCAUAUCGCCUCCUCCGCCGACGCCAUCCACAUCCAAAGCUCCAGGCAGUCGUAGCCUCAAUACGAACGCCACCACAUUCGUUCCCACGACGCCUCGAUCACACAAGAUUACCGUUAGAAGUCCAAACGGGACGGAGAUUAAAAUGGAGUCGUUCAGGAAGCCCAGCCCUCAACCAUCUACCACCCCGAUACCCCCGCCUUCUCCGAUAGCAACAAGUCGUCGAUCAGCAUCGGUACGCAUCGAGAGCGAAUGGGCUAAGUGGAAACGCAAGAGGGAAGCCAAAUGGCAACAACAAGAGGAGACCAAGGCAGACGCUCGGAAGGAACACGACAUCGUUGAAUCCCCGGCGCAACGAUCAUUGGAAGUUGCGCAGAAUGAGAUGAUCGAGAACGAGGAGAUCUUCGAGUCCCAUGUGCACGACGCUAGCAAUAUUGCGAGAAGCCAGAAAGAGGGCCAGCGGAUCGACACCCGGGAAUUCGAUACACAUCGGCCCGGUCCCCUCGACAGCAAUGCUACCAAGAAGGGCAACUCUGCCUUUCCUUUCUCCGCCCUGCUAGCCGCUCGCAAUAUCGAUAGAUUGGAUGAGAUCGAGUAUCCCGAGGGUAUAAGGAGGCCCAAGACGGAGCUUAAUCAGAACGCGAAAGGCGGGAAAUUCAGGUAUGAUCGGGAUUUCCUCUUGCAAUUCAUGACAGUCUGUAAGGAGAAGCCGCUAAAUCUUCCUCCAUUGGAUGUCCUUGGCAUCGAGCCUGUCGCUGAAACCUCGCUCGGCACGACAGGUGGUGGUUCCGGUCGACGUCGUCGUCGGUCUUCGGGUCCCAAGUCCGCAGCAGGUGCUCACUCAGCUUCGAUCGGCCUUGGUAUUGGUCCCUUCAAACCUGGGGCUCCCCCUGAUCCAUUUGCGAUGGAUCAGUUUGGUACCCUUGGCAACAAGCUUACGAGCGAGGAACGUUUUAUGAUGUCUCAAGGCGCACGCUCGGCGUCUGUUGGCGGUGGCCCUGCUCCAUUGCUCAACCGUUCGGCAUUAACACAAAACCCAAGCCAAGGUGGACCCGGUGGACACCCAAUGGGUGGCCAUCGCACGCGCAGCAAGCGUCGCGAGAAACGCACCGAUUCCAGCAAGGUCGAUUCGGUACAGCAAGGCCCAGGAUUUGACCCGGGUGCUGUCCCUUCAAUACCUGCACUUGAACCCGUUGUUCCUCCUGAGAUGUCCGCUAACUGCUGGAUCAGCGUGCAACCCGAAUGCGCUAUCGACGCGGAUACUCCUGAGGUUGUGGACCAGAAAGUUAGAUCACUCCUCAACAAGUUCACUAUGGAGAACUUCGACUCAAUUUCUGACCAAAUCACUGCAUUGGCCAACAAGUCGGAGAACGAAAAGGAUGGACGAACCCUCGUCCAGGUUGUCAGGGUCGUUAUCGAGAAAGUUACCGACGAGGCCGAAUGCAGCGAGAUGUAUGCCCGACUCUGCCGCAAGAUGAUGGAAACGAUCAGUCCCAAGAUUCAAGAUGAUGGCGUUAAGAGCGCCGACGGGAAACCUAUUGCAGGUGGUCAGCUCUUCCGCAAAUACCUUCUCAAUCGGUGUCAAGAAGACUUUGAGCGUGGUUGGGUUGCCAAGGAAGUCACGGCUCGUGCGGCGGCAACCAGACCCAGUGACGACGAAGCAAUCAAGGCAGACGACGAGAGCGAGCUCUACUCCGACGAGGACUACGUGGCCCAGAAAGCAAAGCGUCAGGGUCUUGGCCUUAUCAAGUUCAUCGGCGAGUUGUUCAAGCUGAAGAUGCUCACGGAACGUAUCAUGCACAACCAUGUCAAGAAGCUGCUUUGUAAUGCGGAGAACCCCGAGGAAGAAGAGAUCGAGAGUCUGUGUCAGCUGUUGAGAACUGUUGGCCAACUUUUGGAUGUUCCCAAGGCGCGUGCACAUAUGGACGUGUACUUCCAGAGGAUGAGGGAGCUCUGCAAGAGCUUGAACGUUAGUCCUCGCAUGCAGUUCAUGCUUCAGGAUGUGAUUGAACUCCGUGACCGGAAAUGGCAACCUCGUAACGCGGUAAAUGCGCCUGCCACGCUUGCCGCAGUGCAUGAAGCGGCUGCUAAGGAAAAGGCUGCUCAAGAAACCCAGGCGUUCCGGCGGCAAUUUAGCAUGUCUCGAGGUGGUUCGAAACGGGGUGCCGAGUGCAACGCUGAGCCCUCUCCUGACGGUUGGGCAGUGGCUGGAGGCUCGCAACCUAGACCCCCAACCAAAGCAAGCAACCUUUCGCAACUCGGCAAGAUCAGCGAGGCCUCUCUGAUAGUCAUAGAUCCGAGCAGUGUUUUCGCUGGCAAGAAGGAUAUCAAGCGCGAGUCAAUGACACGCAAGAACUCGAGCUCUGACAUGUUCUUGAUGCUCAGUCAGCACCCCGAGCUUGUCAUAGAACCCAAACCGAGCGAAGCACCUGUAGCCCACAUGUCAGAAAAAGAGGCGCGGAAGAAGAUCGAUGAGGACGCUAAGGAAUUCUUUACUGUCCGCAACCUUGAAAAGGCGGAUGCAUACUUUACGUCCCUCCCAGAAGAGCAUCGAUUCCGACUGGUUGACAAGCUUGUUUCAUCAGCACUGGGAAGCAAGGAAGCUGAUGCUCGCUUGGUCGCUGAUUUCUUCUCUCGUCCUGUUUCACAAUACGAGUGCUCACCAGAAGCUUUCGAAGCUGGAUUCAUGCCCAUGGUUGAGCUACUAGAGGACAUUGCUAUCGACGCCCCUAAGGCAUUCGAGUUCAUGGCCAUCAUGCUGAAAGGGGCUGGAAUGGACAAGGACGAGGAGAGAAUGAAGCGGAUCGCUGAGAGAGUGAUAGACAGCAGUGAUAGGUUGCUUCAGCUCGUCUCGUUAUGAACACUUUCGUCGACAUAUUUCGUUUCCUCCCUUGGGGAUUUUACUUACGCCUUCAGCUGCGUUCCCAUCUGCACAUGUUUUCCAUCCAUCGCUCGCAUCGUUUUUCUGAUGAAUUUUAGUCUGUUCGUGCGUGACCAUGGUUUCUGGAACAUAUAAUAAUCUGUCUUGUACAUCGCAUUGCUAUUCUUCCAUA